CCCAGAUCUCCCUAAUCCUGCCCUUCUUUGCCUUUCCUUCAAACCCACUUCGGUUUCAAUACUGUUUCACUUCUUCUCCUUGUAAACUCUGUAUCAUAUAUUUAUAGAGUUACAAUACCCAUUUAUUCAUCUCUCUCUCUCUCUCUCUCUCUCUCUCUCUCUCUCACAUAUCACUGUUAUGAUGUUGGGCAUGGAGGAGAUUCUAUGUGAAGUACAUGCAAAAGAUACAAAUGAACAAGGUUUGCCUCCUGGUUUUAGGUUCCAUCCAACAGAUGAGGAGCUUAUAACCUUCUAUCUAGCUUCAAAAGUCUUCAAUGGGAGCUUUUGUGGUGUGGAGAUAGCAGAAGUUGACCUCAACAGAUGUGAGCCUUGGGAGCUUCCAGAUGUGGCUAAGAUGGGGGAGAUGGAAUGGUACUUCUUCAGCUUGAGAGACAGAAAGUACCCAACUGGGUUGAGAACCAACCGAGCAACAGAGGCUGGGUAUUGGAAGGCGACAGGCAAAGACAAGGAGGUUUACGGUGCUUCCACCGGAGCCCUUCUGGGUAUGAAGAAAACUCUUGUUUUCUACAUGGGCAGAGCUCCUCGGGGUGAGAAAACCAAGUGGAUCAUGCACGAAUAUCGCCUAGAUGGUGACUUCUCUUGUCGUCACACAUCCAAGGAUGAAUGGGUGAUAUGCAGAAUAUAUAACAAAACAGGAGGACAGAAGAAGAACCCAUUUCUUCAUACUCACAGAUACCUUUUAGAAGCAGCUACUGCAUUGCCUCAGUUGCUUGAAUCUUCUCCAUCAACUAUGGUUGAAUAUGAAUCCCAAACCCAAACCCAAAUCCAAAUGAAAAUUCUCCAGAACCCUUGUGAAGUAGGUAACCUCAAACACUUAUUAAUAGACCCAGUGGGGUCUCAACCCCAACAUUUGGCCAUGAAUAGCAUGGAGUCGUCUUUGUCACCCAUCACCACCAUAAACUCCAUCAACAACAAUAACAACAACCCAUCACAUCCAGAUCAGUCCAAUAUCAUCAAGUCACUGCUGCUCUCACACUCACAUCAACAAGAAUGGGCAGUGAAGGAAGCAACUGUUCCUAAACAGUUCAAGACAGAGUCUUACCAUUCCCAUUUUCAACCAAUAAUAACUGGUGCCAACUUUCAUUGCGGACAAGGGUGGUGGGAUGAUGGUAAGAUUCAUCAUAAUCAAGUUCAAGGGAGCUUGAGUAGUUCAAGCUCUUCUUGUCAGAACCAAAACCCAUUGCUUUUGGAGAUGAUGGGAAAUGGGGUUUUAGGGUUUACAGAAGCUGUUCAUGAGAUGUCCACAUCAGUUGCUUUCAACAGGACCAGCUUUCAGAUGAUGUUAGAUCCUCCCUCUGGAACACUUUCUCAUCAAUGUGGUCCCUUGUAUCAUUGAUGCCUUUACUACUACUUGUUGCCACUGAUCUAUAUAUAUAAGCCAAUAGGAAUAGAAUAUAUAUGUAUGUAUUAAUUUAUGUAUCUAAGGCAAAGAAUCUGCUUUCCUUGUAUCUUCUACUGCCAAUGUAAAUUUGGAACUGUCAACCAUCUUUGUAAUUCAUUUUGGGAGAUCUCCUGCAGUUCUUGUAGAAAGAUUGCUUUGGAUUUUGGUCUC